UGUAUGUUUACACAAUAUUAUCGACAGAAAAAAGUUACAGCCACAAAAUUUGAAUUCUAUUUAUUUAUUGCAGUAAUAUGUUUUCGUUUUAAAUUCUCAUAUCACCAAGUCGCAUCCUAAAAGAAGGCUUCCACUUUGGUUGGCCAUCGUUCUCUUUCAUCCACUCACAGAGACGUCUCCUCAUCUUUAUGUCACUCUCAGACCAAACAACAAGGAAGUAUAAUCUAAUCAAAUAGUUUCUAUUUUACUCAAUUUGCACGCACAUUUGCUGAAGCGUUCAGAGGGUUUGCUACAUGAACUCUGUGUGCUAGGAGAACUGUAUAUCAAAGCAACCCCUAUGAGCCAGGAGAAUAAAGGCAGAUAUCAAAGACAAACGCGUGUAUUAAAGUCAGUCAUGGAUAUCAGGGACAAAAGCUGAGAAUAAAUAAAGGAGUUGAGAAUAGUGCUGGUGCACAGAUCUGCACCAGGACAAGAGGCUGCUUGUCAGGGAGGUCAGUGAGAUUUAGUGACAAUCUAUCCACAAAAAGUGAGUCAAAACAACGUAGUCUAGUGUUGUCCUCUCAGAUUUGAUCACAUAGACAUAACAUAGCACUAAAAUAAACAGAAGAUGCAACUUGGAAACAGUUGAAUUUCAUCAGGAGGCAGGUGGUAAAAGGUUUGACAUGGCCGUGGACUGAGAACCAACCAACAAAGCAGUGAGGAUGGAGCUGGCGCGCAAGCGCAGGGGACAAGGAUUGAAGGCCAAAGUGAAGGGAGCCAGGUGAGUACUGCGCAGCCCCAGCCCCGUGAUUAGGUCAUAGAAACUGGCAGGGGCGUCAGUAAUGAGUGAUGACAUGGAAUCAAAGGUGAUGCAAAAAACUAAUGUAGGGGAAUCAAAGGAGACGGGGGUUAAUAAAAGUAGACGGGAUGGUUUGGAGCCGACUGCUGGAACGAGAGGAAGGUGUUUGUUGUGGAAGAAAAUAGCUGGGAACUACUGCCAAAGCAACUGUGAUGGGAACUUGCUGCAAGGUCGGGCGCAUGUUUUACUCUCCGUCCUCUGCCUACAUCGUGGAGAAAGUCUUGGGGAGAGGGAACUUCGGAGAGGUGACACAGUGCAAAAACCUGCUCACCGUGGAAACUGUGGCGGUGAAGCAGACACGGGACAGCAGUUAUAUCGAGCAAGCCAUGGAAGAGGCGGAGAUUCUCAGGACUCUGAAGGAGUGCAACUCCGACAAGUACAACAUCGUCAGGUGGAACGACGCGUUCACUUGGGAAGGAUGCUACUGUCUGGAGUUUGAGAAGCUGGACGUCACUCUGCUGGAGUACAUGCAGAAGACAGACUCUGGAGCUCUGCAGUUGCAGGAGAUCCGCCCAAUUCUGCAGCAGUUGGCUACAGCGCUCAAGUUUCUCCAGAGCUUAAAGAUCGUCCAUGGAGAUCUGAAGCCUGAAAACAUUAUGUUGGUGGAUGAGCAGCGAAAGCCGCCCCGAGUCAAAGUCAUUGACUUUGGUUUGGCGAUUCCAAUCUCAGAAGUCUACCGAGGUCAGAUAUUUCAGACCCUCUGGUACAGUGUUUUGGUCGAACCUUUGUGUAGAGCUCCAGAGAUCUUGCUGGGGGCUCCGUUCAACGAGAUCAUCGACGUGUGGUCCCUGGGCUGCAUCGCAGUGGAGAUGCUGGUGGGACAGACGCUGUUUCCUGCUCAGGAUGAGUUUGAAAUGAUGAGACGGAUAUCACACACUUUGGAGAGCCCUCCAAACUACAUGCUCAUGUCUGCGCUGCGGUCUGCAGAAUAUUUCGAGCUCGACAUAACAGGACGGUGGACGUCCAAGACUCCACCUGAAACUAAUGGAUGUGACAGCCACGUGAUAAACAGCCUCCAUGAUCUUCUGGUGAUUGUGCCAUUCGAUAAGAGCACAGGGAAGGAGAUCGGAGCCGAGCUGAACGACCGCGUGAGGUUCAUCGAGCUAAUUGGGAAAAUGCUGAAAAUCGAGCCGGAGAAGAGAAUAACAGCAGGCCAGAUCCUGCAGGACCCUUUCGUGACGAUGAGCCACCUCCACUGGAUGUUCGUCGACACCUCAUAUUUUGAAAGCUGCGUGGACUUCAUGGAGUCCUCCGAUGGCCCCGCCUCUCCAGAACCCGCCUCGGAAGGUCAACCAUCCGGGGUCAGCAGAACGGACGCGCCUAUGUCUCGCCGCUCAGAACCUAAACCAGAUGGGUUGAACUGUGUGGAACGACCCGCCCCUGACAACACCGACCCGGGUCCUCGCAAGAAAAGAAAGAAACACAACAGCAGCAGGUCUCUCAAGAACAAUGUGAAAAAGAACCGGAGCAAGGUGAAAUGUGGAUCGACACUUGAACCCAGCCACAAGCAAGCGGAUCUGGCAGACGAUGUGCAUCAGUGUGUUUCGCAUCACGAUCUCGGACUGCAUUCAUUUGUUCCCGUUUCAGUGAUAAAAAAGCUCUGAACUGUUGACAUUCGGCUCCUGUUCAUCUGGAGCCAGCGAAGAAAGGAAGUCACACCAGACAUGUAGAAACACGUGAAUUUGACAACCUUUUUAAAAUGAGUGAGAAACCUUUAAUGGUGGACGUUAAACAUGUGGAGCACAUUUGUUUUUAUACUUCAACACAAUAUAUUCUCCUGUCAUUGUAAAUAUUUCAUGGUUAACUUCCAAUUGUACUUGUUAGACAAUAAUAAAUAC